AUGAUGUCAUCUGAACAAUUUUAUACUAAAAGUCCUCUGGAAUACGAAACAGAAUAUCUGAUAAUUACAUCCAUUGAUGAUGAAUCAUGUUUGGAACAACGCAAUCAAUAUGUUAGAAUUUACUUAGAUGAUAAGUUGAAAUCAUUACCAGAAACUAACUCUAACGAUGGAGUUUAUGUUGAUGGUUUUAAAAUGAAAUCAAUGGUAUUCAAAUCAAAGAAAAUGAAUGAAUUUGAUUCAAACACGGGAAAAAUUAUAGAAAUAACUGAACCAACUUUAAAUCAAGAUUAUCUAAACGUCUGUAUAAUAACUUCAUUAGAAAAUUUUGAUUUAACAUUAUUGUCAUCUCGAGUUGGAAUAUUCAGUGAUUUAUCAACGCACUAUUGGUGGCUGUUACGUAAAAGUAUCCAUUGUCAACCUCAAAUGUGUUCAUUACUAGCACCAGCAUUUAAUUUACCACUAUCGAAAGAUAUUGCUAAACAAGCAUUAUCUGUUUUAAAAUAUUAUGAUAUAUUCAAAUCGAUAUUAUGGUCAUUAAAUUCGUAUCGUUCAAAUAAAAAAAAUGAUUAUCUUUCUACUACCUCACGUAUAUAUCCCGUAAUUUCUCUCAACUUUAAACCAAGUAUUUUAAAUUGGUUUUUUGAACGUGUUGCGAAUCAUGAACGUUUAAAAUCAGUUUUAACCGAUGAAAAUCUCAAAGUUUAUCUUGCUGGAUGUGGAAAUAAACGUAAUAAAUUUAUUUACAAUUUUUCAAUGUUUGAAGACUCUAUCAUUGCCAGUUUUAAUCUUACUGAGCGUGAUUUAUAUUCGUUAGUAAAACGUUUUUCAUUCAAAUAUUUUUACAAUUUAAAAUACGAUUAUUUUUUAAAAACUAGUGUAUUGUGGGUAUGUGAAAUGUACGAAUUAGAACAGUAUCAUGAUUCAUUUGAAGUAUGGAUUAGUUUUUUACAAGAUACAUUUCGACAUUGUCAUUGUCCACAUUAUUUUGUUGAAAAUAUAAAUGUAUUUCAAGACAAAGAUGGUAUGUUCGAUAUUUUAUCAUCAAUUAAUUAUUUAAAUAUUGAUCAAAUCGUUCAAUCAUUAGCCAUUGAAAAUCUCUAUCCUUAUUUGCAUACAUACAAUGAAAUGAUACAUGAACUUGAGCAAUUUCUUGAUAAAAAUCCCGUGCUAAAAGUCAAAAUGAAUAUGUUAUACAAUAUUAUUGUUCGACCAUUUUUCUCUUACAAUGACAAUCAACCAGUGAAAGAAAUAUGUAGUAUACUCUGUCAUCUUUGUAUUCUAGAAAUGAAUGAAGAUAAUGGCGAUGGUCAGCAAGGAUUUUGGUGGACAACAUGGAAACAAUUAUUUAUUGAUUAUGAUCGAGAUGAUAUUGUUUUAUUACCUUCUUCAUCAAAAUGUGAUUAUAAUCCUGGACAAUUUGCAUUAUACAUGACAAAUAGUGUAUUGAAUAUAAUGAAAGGAAGAAUAAUUGAAAAUACAUUGAAAAAUUAUGAUCAUAGUGCAUUUGUCUUAUACAAUGAUUAUUAUAAAGCAUUAGAAGAUUUGAGAAAUCAAGAACUUCUUUAA